AUGGUGGGAGUGACCUGGUCACACGAGUCGAUCUUCCCCUUCAACUGCCAGGAGGAGUCCUUCACCCAGGCUUUCACUUACGCAACCGACCGAGGUGCAGUAGUGACGAGCUUGGUUCUAGACUCCGCAGGCCUAUCAGGGACUCUAAGCUCCGCCAUUUCGCAGCUGUAUGAGCUCAAGGAGUUGGUCCUAGGUCACAACAAGCUCACUGGGGCCAUACCCGGAGAGCUCGGAAAUAGCCCCAGCCUCACAAUUGUCUCUCUCGAACACAAUCAGUUCACGGGGAUGAUCCCCGCAACCAUCUGGAACCUCUGCCGCAACUUGAAGCUCACCGAUCUCCUGCUGCAUGGCAACAAUCUCAGUGGGCCCAUCCCGCAGCCCUUGAGCGGGUCAGGCACCAUGUGCCCGAAGCUCACGAGCCUCACUCUCGGCAACAAUUCGCUCUCGGGAAUCAUCCCACCAUUUAUUGGAAACUUUGCAAAUUUGUCGUGGCUUGAUCUGAGCAACAACAAGCUCACGUAUGUGAUACCAUUAAACUUCGCAAACCUGACAAAUUUGAGCGUGGAGACUGGUCACGGGUUCAGCGUCGCGGGGAACCGCCUCAUGGGUCCAAUUCCUCCAUUCAAGGAAUCCUUCAACCCCGGCGCUUUUGAAGGGAACUCCCCAUGGCUCUGUGGACUUCCAUUGACGACACUAUGUGCUCACGAUCUGGCACUGACGACGCACCAGCGUCCCAGAGCAGGAAUGAGCCCAACAGCCAUCAUUCUCCUCAUCACCGCCAUUGUCGUGUGCAUUGUGUUGCUAUUUUAUGGCUUUUUUCAGUUAACCACACAGUCGGCACGCAAGUUGCUCAAGAAGAUGCGCUUACCUCCCGAGGAAAGGUCGCUUGAUGACGAGGCAAAGUUCCCGCAAGGGAAGCUCGUGCAGUUCUGCGAGAGUGGCGUCGGACCCCUAUCAGAAGACACCGUGUUAAAAUCCGCCAGCGAGGUGAGAACGAGACAUACAGAAACCAUCAAGCAAAUGUUGUCUCUCCACUUGUUCAAAGAAGACCUCGCUAGAGACGAGCCUGAGUUUCUCCGAGGAGUCCUGCGAUUAGCAGUCAUCAAGCAUCCCAACCUUGUCCCAUUAAGAGCUUACUACUUGAGCCGUAGAAAUGAGAAGCUGCUCAUCUUCGAUCACGUUCGUGGCAAAACACUUGCUGAUACCAUUCACGGAGAAUGUCCCCUGAACUGGCCGCAGAGACACAAGAUUGCUCUCAGUAUAGCCCAGGGACUCGUUCACUUGCACCUCGAGCCGCCAAGUCCACUUGUGCACGGGAAUCUUAAGACUUCGACCAUACUGGUUGAUGGGCAUCACAACGCCCUUCUAACAGGUUACGGUCUGCAUCUGCUUGCGUCUCCAGCAGUAGUUAACGCCGUCGUCCUCGAUGCAGCUAAUGAGGAAUACAUCGUGCAGUACCUACGAUACAAAGCCCCGGAUUUGCGAAAAUCCAAGAAGCUUUCUACACAAAUCGAUGUCUUCAGCUAUGGCGUAGUCCUUCUGGAGAUUCUGACGCGACAAAAGCCAGGAAGAGUACCAGGGACUGAUAGGACGGUUGUUCUGCCCGAGCUUGUGAAGACUGCCAUUCUAGAAGAGAGAACUUCAGAUGUGUUGGAUCUCGAGCUACUGAAACCAAGUAUGUAUACACCGACAAAGAAUGGACUGGUUGAGGCACUAAGACUGGGAAUGGCUUGCUGUGCACCAUCACCAUCGCUACGGCCAACAAUCGGAGAGGUUGUACAAAAAUUAGAAGACAUUCAAUCAAAGUUUAUGACGCGAGGCAUAGCCUACACCAAGACAUCCUGCAAGCUAUAAGCUUGAUUGCGCAAGAAACGUACACACCACCCAGAUCGAUUUUGGUCAUCCAAGCUUGAUCGCGAUAACCUGAAUCAAUUGCUGAAUCAGGAGAGUGUUACAAAAUGGGUUUCCUCUGUCAAUGCCUGAACUGGGAAACGAGACACGAGGUUGUCUCCUCAACUAGUUUAUCAAUGCAGGGUUUUAAUUGUCUACAUUAAAUGCUGCCACUUCAACCAUGGACAUCCGCAACAGCUGAUGAGCUCAACGAAUGAUUCGCGUUUUCUAUGAA